GUAGCACAUGUUGGACCAUAACAAUUUAUAGAUAGCAUGACAGUAAACAAGCAACUGCUAGAGGGAGCUAACACGGAAAACGAUUUGAUACGAGAAGAAAACAUGCAUCGAUACCUCCUUUCCUAAUGUUAGUGGAUGCGUCUAGGUAAAUAAGCUAGGCUACACCAGGAACAAUGUGCAGUGGCGGCGGUCAUCACAACAACGCAUGGAUCGCGACCUCAUCCUGCCAGCUUCUGUGUUGCGGUGCUCUGGAAUUGCCUAAUAACAAUCUCAUUUCUGACAUAGGCUACAGCUUUCACAACGCACCACGCCUCCUCAUCAUUGAACGCACCUCGAUUAACCAUCUUCGCCAGUGCACAGUGUGCUUUUCAAAGGGGAGCGAAAGAGAGACUGAUCCGCAUCUCCUCAUGUCGCGGAGAAAGGAACAUUGGAUAGACGAGGCAAGGAUGGGUGGUUUGACACUGAUUCUGCAUCCAUGAGCGCCUUCACUUCCAACAGAGUGUUGUUUUUUGGAACAGGUACCACUGGAUAGUUCUGGUGAGAGAGAAAGAAACUGCUGUUAAGAAGUUUGGAUGCAAAUGGCCACAACCACCAUGAUCUUUAUGAUUUUGGGGGCUUCACUUGUGAUGGCAGUAGCGUGUCUAACGGACAUGAACGCUCUACUAGACCGCUUUCACAACUACAUCUUACCACAUUUACGAGGGGAGGACCGCGUCUGCCAUUGCAACUGUGGAAGGCACCAUGUCCACUAUGUGAUCCCGUACGAUGGGGACCAGUCUCUGGUAGACUCGGCAGAGAACUACUUUGUGAGUGAUAGCGUGACCAAGCAGGAGCUGGACCUGAUGCUGGGGCUGCUGCUGGGCUUCCUCCUCAGCUGGUUACUGCUGUGGCUGGACGGGGCGCUGCACGCUGCCCUCAGGGCCUGGAGGGCCAAACAGCACCAUGAUGUGUUCUCCUGGUCAUGGGUUCCCCGCUUCUGUAACCUGAGAGACCUGGGGAGACGGGUGCACCUGAGGAAGCUGGAGGACUCCAGUGGGAACAUGGUGCACAUUAAGCAGAAGCUGUACCACAAUGGACACCCCAGCCCUCGUAACCUCUGAGAGCCAUUGCACAUUGGACACCCCAGCCCACGCCACCUCUGCGAGCCAUGGCACAACGGCCACCCCAUUCCACAUCACCUCUGAGAGCAAUGGACUGGCUGAGACAGACUGAGACCUGCUGUCAACUGACCAACCAGACUUCAGCCGCAUGGGCAACUAAACAAUGACUAUUCAAGAUAUACCCUUCAAACCAUACUGUUUCUUAUGGACACUGGAUAGAGCACUUUCUCAAGUGACCCCAUGGUCUUUACCCACAGUGCACUCCUCACCCUCCAUAUUUUAUGUAAAAAGAUUGUAGUUAAUGAGAAUCCAUUUAGGAGGGCAUAAGCAAUUUUCCAGAGUGUGUUUGUUUUUCAAAAUAGCUAUAUAUAUUAUAUAUUUAGUUUUAGAAUGUCAAUUUUGCUAGAAGUGGGGAUAGGGUGUAUUCAUUAUUUUGCUUGGGUUUUGUCAGUUUGUAGAAAAAUGUGUUUAUUUUGCCUGAAGAUGUCAGUUUUGAAAUUAGAAUAUUUAUUUUGCUCGAGGUUGUUUAUUUUUGACAGGGGUUUGUGUAUUGGAAGAGGUACACUAUAUAUGCAAAAGUAUGUGGACACCACUUCAAAUUAGUGGAUUCGGCUAUUUCAGCCACACCCAUUGCUGAUAGGUGUAUAAAAUCGAACACACAAUCUCCAUAGACAAAUAUUGGCAGUAGAAUGGCCUUACUGAAGAGCUCAGUUACUUUCAACGUGGCACCGUCAUAAGAUGCCACCUUUCCAACAAAUCAGUUUGUAAAAUGUCGAACACCUUUGGGAUUAAUUGGAACGCCGACUGUGAGCAUGGCCUAAUCGCCCAACAUCAGUGCCCGAACACACUAAUGCUCUUGUGGCUGAGUGGAAGCAAGUCCCCGUUCUAAUGUUCCAACAUCUAGUGGAAAGCCUUCCCAGAAGAGUGGAGGCUGUUAUAGUAGCAAAGGGGAACCAACUCCAUAUUAAUACCCAUGAUUUUGGAAUGAGAUGUUCGACAAGCAGGUGUCCACAUACUUUUGGUCAUGUAUUGUACUUUGUGUCUAUUGUAGAAAAAUUUCAUGUAAAAACUGUACUAAAAGGGGGCCUAGGGGACGGAAUGGAAUUAUAAAUAAUUAGGGGUGGGUAAGAGGACAGAAAUGCUGCCUGCUUGUCUAACUGUGUGGUGUGUACAGUAUAUGCAAUGUGUUAAUAUUGAAGAACCAUGAGUAAAGGUGUGUGUGUGUGUGUGUGUGUGUUUGUGUGUGUGUGUGUGUACGGGUUACAGAAUUUCUUCGAUAUUUUGUCCAAAGGGUCAUCACCAUGGAAACCUGGAGACGAAAUUCCAAGACUGAGAGUUUCACUCAGGAGCUCUAUAUAGUUGACAAAACACUUUACACUGAACAGCCAGUUGUAGAGCGCCUCCAUCAUGGUAGCUUAGAAAGGCACUUCCUGUGGUAUAUGUAAGCAAAGGCCCGAGGGGUUGUGGUAUAUGGCCAAUAUACCAUGGCUAAGGGCUGUUCAUAUGCACGACGCAAUGCGGAGUGCCUGGACACAGCCCUUAGCCGUUGUAUAUUGACCAUAUACCUCAAACCCCUGAGGUACCUUAUUACUAUUAUAAACUGGUUACCAACGUAAUUAGGGGAGUAACAAUACAUGUUUUGUCAUACCUGUGGUCUACGGUCUGAUAUACCACGGCUGUCAGCCAAUGAGCAUUCAGGGCUCGAACCACCCACUUUAUAAUUAUUAACUAAUAUCUAAAGUAGGUGCAACAUGCCCUUGUCAUGGCAUUGGAGAGUGAUGCUGUGUGAGAACUCGGUCACAAUUACUGUGACACAUUGGGAUUCCGAAUGAAUUCCUUCAUUUGUCUCUAGGGAGCGGAAUGUAGACUCAUUCAAUUUUGACCCCCUUUCUCUUCCCUGCACCUCCCCCAUCUCCCCUUUCCCCGUGCCUUUCUUCCCCAUCUCUGUCCAAACAUUGGUGUUGUAAAGAUUAAAUGUUGGUUUCAUUAAAAGGGACAACUGGGGUUUAACACUGACACAGGUUCAAGAUGAAAGGUAAAGUUCACCAUGAUAUCAGCAUUUAUUGGUCACGUUUUUACAAUGACAAUGAAACCCUGAAAAAAAAAAGAAACCCGCACACUGCUCUUGAAAGUAUCACUGCUCUUUAAUAAGAUUUACGUAUCGGCCUCAAGGCCUUCGUCAGAGCUUUUGUGAGUAAAAAAAAAAGAAGUGCACCCUCAUCCACAUCCGUUCCAAACAUCAAAUGGGGUUGGAGUCAAGGGAAGUGUUACCAAAUAUAACAAUGUGCAUGUCAUAAAUAUUCUAAGUGUGUACCUAAAACGCAUUAAAUACGCCUGUAAAACCACAAUGAGGACAUCGACCCAUCAAGCAAGUUUUCAUAAAUCAUUGGGAGCCAGGCUCUUCAACGCUCUCUUCUGAAUGGUAGCUAUAAAUGCAGAGGAUGCACACAGUGCAACAAUAUGAAGUGUGAAUAUCUCUGCCACCCACACACAGGAAAACGGUUCCAAAUAAAUGACAUUAUUACAUGCUCCACCA